UAUAUAUUGAAUUAUAUUCCUUUACACUCACACAAACAGAGGACACAGAGCCCCAGAGCCUCUAUGCUAAUGGCUCGUUCAAUCUUAUACCUUCACCUUCUGGUCUCAUCUUUUCUUUUUUCAGUUUCAGUGUUGAGUGCUGUUCAGGCCAGCAAAAAGUGUUACAUUGUAUACUUGGGAGCACAUUAUCAUGGUCCAACACCUUCCUCUGGUGAUCUUGAAACUGCCACAUCUUCUCAUUAUGAUUUACUGAGUUCAGUCUUCGGAAGCCAUGAGAAGGCCAAAGAAGCAAUUCUUUAUUCAUAUAAUAAACACAUCAAUGGCUUUGCUGCUUUACUUGAACAGGAAGAAGCAGCAGAUAUUGCAAAAAAACCAAAUGUAGUAUCUGUGUUUGUGAGCAAGGAGUAUAAACUGCACACAACCCGUUCAUGGGAGUUUCUUGGACUGGGUGGGAAUGCUAAUGGAAAUGGUAAGACCACAGCAUGGCAAAAAGGAAGAUUUGGUGAAAACACCAUCAUAGGUAGCAUUGAUACAGGUGUUUGGCCUGAAUCCCAGAGUUUUAGUGACAAAGGAAUUGGCCCUGUCCCUGCAAAAUGGCGUGGUGGUAACAUCUGUCAGAUUAACAAGCUCCGAGGUUCAAAGCAAGUUCCAUGUAACAGGAAGCUAAUUGGAGCAAGAUUCUUCAACAAAGCUUAUGAAGAAGCCAAGGGCAAACUUCCCCAAAAGCAGCAAACAGCACGUGACUUAGUAGGUCAUGGAACACACACAUUAUCAAUAGCUGCUGGAAAUUUUGUUCCUGGUGCACAAGUAUUUGGUAAUGGUAAUGGCACAGCAAAGGGUGGAUCUCCAAGAGCAAGAGUUGCAUCCUACAAAGUGUGUUGGUCUCUAACCGAUCCUGCAAGUUGCUAUGGUGCAGAUUUGUUGGCUGCUAUUGACCAAGCCAUAAGCGAUGGUGUUGAUGUGAUUUCUGUAUCUGCUGGAGGCAGAGAUUCUAUCAGUUCUACAGAAAUUUUCACUGAUGAAAUUUCCAUAGGGGCAUUCCAUGCACUUGCCAAAAAUAUAUUAUUAGUUGCAUCUGCAGGGAAUGAUGGACCAACACCUGGAACUGUCUUGAAUGUGGCUCCAUGGGUGUUCACAGUUGCUGCUAGCACCAUAGAUAGAGAGUUCAGAAGUACCGUAAUUGUUAAUGACAAUAACCAACAAACUACGAGCACGGGAGGAAGUCUUUUUGUGAACUUACCACCCAAUCAAUCUUUUUCUCUGAUCCUUUCAACUGAUGCUAAACUUGCCAACGCAACAAAUCGAGACGCUCAACUUUGUAGACCUGGAACACUUGACCCUGCAAAAGUAAAAGGAAAAGUAGUAGUAUGCACUCGAGAAGGAAAAAUAAAAUCAGUUGCAGAGGGUCAGGAAGCUCUAUCUGCAGGUGCAAAGGGAAUGAUUUUGAAUAAUCAAAAGCAAAAUGGAAAUACACUUCUUUCAGAGCCUCAUGUUUUGUCUUCCGUGAGCCGUCCACAACCUCCUCCACCAAAAACAAGAAGCACCAAGAGUGCUAGCACAACUGUGAGGAUGUCCCAAGCUAAAACACUUCUUGGAAGAAGGCCAGCUCCGGUUAUGGCUUCAUUCUCCUCUAGAGGACCCAACCAAGUCCAGCCAUCAAUACUCAAGCCUGAUGUAACUGCCCCUGGUGUGGACAUACUAGCCGCCUAUUCACUAUUUGCAAGUGCAUCUAACCUGUUAUCAGAUAAACGUCGAGGGUUUCCAUUUAAUGUACUACAAGGAACUUCCAUGUCUUGCCCUCAUGUCACUGGUAUUGCUGGACUCAUUAAGACACUUCAUCCUAAUUGGAGUCCAGCCGCUAUUAAAUCAGCAAUCAUGACCACAGCAAGUACAAGAGAUAACACCAACAGGCCUAUACGAGAUGCGUUUGAUAAAACAUUAGCAACUCCAUUUGCUUAUGGUUCAGGACAUGUUCAACCUAACAGUGCAAUUGAUCCUGGGCUUGUUUAUGAUCUAAGCAUUGUUGAUUACUUGAACUUCUUAUGUGCUUCUGGAUAUGACCAACAAACCAUUUCAGUACUCAACAAUAAGACAUUUACUUGUUCAGGAUCCCACAGCAUAACAGAUUUUAACUACCCUUCAAUCACAUUACCAAACAUUAUGUCUAGUGUGGUAAAUGUUACCCGCACAGUCACCAAUGUUGGGCCACCAAGCACGUAUUUUGCCAAUGUCCAAUUGCCUGGACAUAAAAUUGUUGUUGUUCCAAAUUCCUUGAGUUUCAAGAAAAUUGGUGAAAAGAAGACAUUCCAAGUUAUUGUGCAGGCAACGAGUGUAACUCGACGGAGAAAAUACAUAUUUGGGGAUUUGCGAUGGACAAAUGGAAGACACAUAGUCAGGAGUCCCAUUACAGUUCGACACAUAUGAAAAAACAUGUCAUAAUUUUUUUGUGUUUGGAUAUCAAGAUGUCGAUGACUACAUUUGACUACUUCAAUAGACUAUGUAUUUGUGUAUAAACUUUACUGUAUCAGUUUUUAUAUUUGGUGUCAUAGACUUGUGCUUUGUAAUAAGUGAUGUUUUGUUUUGGAAUGCUUGUAAACUUUACUGUAUCAGUUUUUAUAUCUGCUUGUAUUCUUUUUUA